GCCGCCGCUGUCCUCACGUGACGGGGGCGUGCCGCACCCUGCCUCCACUCGCGCGGCCGUUCCUUCUGGCGCUCCAUCCCUCACCCCCGCACCACCCUCAGCCUGCGCCUCACAGCCACACCUCGCCGCGCCUCAGCAUCGGCGGCAGCCAGAUACACGGCGUGCGUGCGCGCGCGCGCGUCCUCCCGCCAUGUCGACGCCCUUCUCGCUCGGCACGCCCUCGAUGCUCGCCGCCCUCGGCGUGCCCGGCAGCGCGGGCAGCGGCAGCGCCGGCGCCGGCGCCGGCGGCAGCAGCAGCCAGAGUCUCAGUGUCGCAGGCGGCGGCGGCGGCGGCAGCGCCAUGGCGGCAGGCACUCCGCUGCCGCUCUCCGCCUCUCUCUCAGGCGCCAGCAGCGCUCCUCGCGCCGCAGCAGCCGCCUCGCCGCUGCAGGCGCACUUUGCGCCGCGGGCGCCGCGCUCGCCGACGCUGGCACAGCUGCCGCUGGCGCAGCGCGAGCGGCCCGAGCUGCACGCCCUGCUCCAGGCGCUGCGCCACACUCUGCUCGCGCCCGUCCUCGCCGGCGCAUCCGUCGCCGCGGCAAGAGAGCCCACCGUGCGGCCAGGCUACCUGCCCGACUGCCUGGGAAGCGACCUCUUCGCCUGCUACACUCCCGCAGAGCUAGACCAAAUCGCCUCGCGCAACGUGUCCAGCGACAUUCUUGCCGUUCUGCGAGCGGUCGCCGCCUCCUUGUCCAUCGACGAGUUCUACGACUCCGCCUCGCCUCUCAACCUCACACUUGCGGGCAAAGUCUUCGUGCUAGAUUUCGACGUCUCGGUGCCUUCCUGGUGGACGCCUGCGUCGACAGAGAAGGUGGGCAAUGGAGAGUACAUGCGCGUGCGUCUCUCCUUCGGCUCGUCGUCCGAUGGCUCUGCCAAGGACUCCCUCAACGAGUCGUACUGGCGAGUCGCCGAGAGUCUCUACGGCUGCAUCAGAGGUCUGGAACAAGCUUUGCAGCUCAAGUCAGAGGAGCAGCUCAUCGUGGAGCACGAACGCCUGCGUCAGGAUCUCGCGGCACUGGCGAGCCUGGACGCUCUGCACGCCGAGUUUCCAGAGGCGGAUGCGUUCGGGACGAUGCACAAAGUGGGCAGUGUAUUGGAGGGCAAUGCGUUGAAGGAGAUUGGACAGCUGGAUCUCGCGAGCUUCACCUCUGACCAACUCCGGCAGCUCUUCAUCUCACCAGGCCGGUGCGGCGUACCUGACAUUCACAAUCCUCGAGUCUGCCACGUCCUUCAUCUCUACUCUUCCUCGAUGAUCAACGCCCCGGACAGCUUGUACUCGGAUUUAGGAGCGGCCAAGUUCCGUGCGCUUCAUCCAAGACGCGCACUUGUCGUCCCGCCGCCCUUGUGUACUUGGGGCGUUCAAUUGGCUCACCGGGCGCGCGAGGCCGAGGACACUGCGCCUCUCAACGCUGCGGCGGCGUCUGUCGCAGAUCGGGCAAGUGAAGAGACGCACACGCUCAAGUGGAACUUCGAGGCCGCUCGCUUUGAGCUGCCCAGCUCCUUGAUGCUCGAGGCCACACUUCAGCCGCCCGUGCUUCUCUCCUCGACGGACGCAUCCCUCCUCGCGCGCGCCCUCGGUCGGCACGACUUGAUCUCUGCUUCUUCUACAACGUCUCGUGACGAGGCCGCGACAGGCCUCAUCGAUGCCGCCUAUCUCUCCGCUCUUCACGCUCUGCCUUUGCCCACCAUCGCCGCUUCGCCUCAUCUUGCAUUCCGCGUGGCGCGCGGAAGCACGCGUGUUUCGCAGAGCAGCAACGACGGCUCAAAGGCACCCGCCGAGCCUGUCCUCGUCUCGCGCUUCAGUCUCGCCUCAAGCGACACGCUCUACGCAACACUCGAAGUCCUCCGUCCUGCAGCAUGGGCCAUGAGAGUCGCGCAGGCUGCGCUCGCUCUCUCUGCUCCUGCCGUGUCGCCGGCGACGUCAAAGAGGCAGACGCAAGUCACUCUGCGCCCAGAACGGCGCGCACUGGGACUCUCGUUCUUCGUGCAGCGCGCAAGCGGGACGUGGACGUGCGAAGCACGCUUGGAGCUCAAGGAGGAGGGAGAGACGCAGGUGCAGGUGACGGCGAGGCUUUCUUCGCUUGGCGGCACGCAAGAGACGCACGAGCUCGGCGCGACGGACGAGCACGCAGCGAGCGUCAAGGCUGCGAUGCAGCGCUUUGAUGUGCUCUCGGCAGUGCAGGCGCUGCUGGGCUGGACGGAGAGCUUGCUCGGCCCGCCGGAGCAAGAAGAGGACGAGCAACAAGAAGAAGUGGGCGAGGCCGAAGUCGAGGCGAGCGCGGAGGAGAUGAAGACGGAGCCCAUCGUGCCCGAGCCUUCCGCGCAAGAAGAGACCAACGAGGCGCCUCCAGCUUCAGAGGCGCGAGCAGAAGCUCCGGCGCAGGCGCAAGUCAAGCUCGAGCCUGCAUCUCUGCCCGCCCCGCCUCCGCCCCCGGCGGGCGGCAUGACGAGUGCUCUCUCCUCCGGCUCGCUCGCUACGAUUGCCGAGGAUGAAGCUUCUCCCGCCGCCUUGACCUCAGGUGAAGCUGGCGCAGCACCUGCGACCUCGCCCGUGACACGACGCCGACGAGUGUCGCCGUUGCAGACCGACGGCUCUCCUCCUCCCGCAGGCGGGACCGCAAGCGGCAGCAACAGUGGCAGCGCCGGCCAGACGUCUCCCUCCGGUCGUCUUACUCGUCGAGCCUCGGCGGCGCUCGCCACCGCCGUCGAGACCUCUCCCGUCGAGGAAGGCGAUGCGCCUCCGCAGACGCGCACGCUGCGCAGACGCAGCUCGCAGAACACUCGCGGCAGCAAGAGCCCGGCGCCGCCGCAGGUCACGCAGAGAGAGGGCCUGAAGAGGAGGGGCAGUGGCAGUCCGCUUGAGGAGGAGGAGCAGGGGAGGAAGAGGAGGAGGGGCUAGCGGAAUGACAAUACCCGUUGCGCGAGCACGAGAAUGAUCAGGAGCCACGGCUCGCUUCCCGGGCUCGACGCAACGUCGAGGUGCGCAUGCUUCUCGGCCUCCCACUGGGCCGCGGGCGACGUCACACGAGAUCACUCAGAGCGAGGUGCGAGGGACUCUAUUCAAAUUAACUGUGCAAAGCCCG